GGAUAGCAGACCACUUUCUGUAAUUAAUCGUGAUUGAGCAAGGAAAUCCUGUUACCAGCUAAUUUCAUGAAAGGUUUUAAAUAUGUCGAGUAACUUCCGUUCAAACCUUGGUCAAUUACAUUUUAAAAUUGUACUUCUCGGUGAAGGUUGCGUCGGCAAAACUUCUCUCGUCCUCAGAUAUGUCGAAGAUAAGUUUCACGAAAAACAUUUCUCAACAAUUCAAGCCUCCUUCUUGACUAAAAAAAUUAACCUGGAAGGACAAAGAGUGACUCUGGCCAUUUGGGAUACAGCUGGUCAAGAAAGAUUUCAUGCAUUGGGACCCAUUUACUACAGAGAUUCUCAUGCUGCCAUCCUUGUUUAUGACAUCACUGACCAAGAUUCCUUUGUAAAGGUUCAAAACUGGGUCAAAGAACUGAGAAGGAUUCUAGGAGACAAAGUAGUUUUGGCAAUUGUUGGAAACAAAAUAGACUUGGAUAAGGAAAGAAAUGUUCCAGCAGAAGAAGCCUUAGAGUAUUCCAAAUCGGUUGGUGCUACACAUUACCAGACUUCGGCCAAGACGAAUCGAGGCAUUGAAGAAUUAUUCUUGGACGUAACUCAGCAGCUUUUGAGGAUGGCAGAGAGUCAGAAUGAACUCAAUAGUUCAACAAACUUGACUAGUAAUCGCAAUCCAGAAGUGGUUAUUGUUGACGAUAGUCUCGCCCCCAAAAAAUCUUGUUGCUAGUAUCGUUUUAUUCCUCUAUCUCUCUCUCACACACGCUUCUACUUAUUAUUAAAUGAACGUUUCCUUGUUAUAAUUCUUUUUUUCCGUUUCACCCCUCAAGUUAAUUGUAAAAAAAACUAGAGUUUCGGAAAAAUGUUCUCUAGAGUCAUGGUGAUUGUGGUGUCGCAUUAUCCGUGUCAAGAAAAUUGUUGGCGAAUGAGCAAUCAGGUCGUUAUAUAGUCACUCUUGUGACGGGAUUUCCUUUUUCUUUUGUAAUUAUCUGAUGGAAUGUUGUAUUAUUUUAAAAAAAUGAAAACCUCAAAUACAGAUACAAUAACAGUU